AUGAACACGAAACUCGAUUUUAAAUUACCAGAAAUUGCACCGAUUAACUACUUAAUUAAUAUUUCGGUACCCGAUUCGCCCUCCAGUACUAGUUUAGAGACUGUAGUCGAUCAGAAACAGUUACUUGCAAUCCAAGAGCAAUUGGAUACCAUAAAAAGAAGUGAACCAAGUAUAGAAGGAGUAUCAUACCAUCAUAUUCAUCAUUACACCGUGACCUACCUGGUUGUGGCGGUAGCCGCAGCGGUCGCGGCGGUAUAUGGAUGGCGGCGCGUCAGACGCGCGCGUCGCCGACUAGCGCCUAGCGCUCGAGUAGAAGAGCCGUGUGACAGUGAAGUGAACAGUGUAAAGUUAAAAGUAUUAAGUGACGUAGGGCAAUGUAAGAGCAAUUUAGUAAAAAGUGAAGUGAGUGAUCAAGCUAUCAGUGAGCGUGUGUUCCGUAAAAAUAGGGGCACUUCGCCAGUGCGUCAGUCAGUUUUCUCUAUAACUGACACCGGGGUU